AUGAAUAAUCUUGCUUCAUAUCAAAUCUAGUAGCAGCAGCUCAGUAACAACUAUAACUAAUCUAUUAACAGCGCAAUCGGCCAUCAAAGCUAGAUGCAAAGCAAUGGAAUCUCAGUUCAAACUAAGUUUAAGAGCAAUAAAGGCAGCAUUGUUAGUAACUCGGCUUUAGCUUAUCAAUAGCCAUCUUCAUCGAAUAGCUUUUCGAUUAGCAACAGCUUGGGAAAUAAUUAAAAAGCAAAUAAAAAUCUCAAAAAGGCUAUAUAAGAUAUCUAUGAAAGAAACAACAGUCAUUAGCAGACAAUGCCCUCUCGGAUAGGUCUACCUUCAGCUCUAGACAACAAUCCAAACAACCAAAUUUUGACGCCAUAAUAGUUGAUUUUACGCAAUCAAAAGAGAUCUUAGUCUGUCGAGAAAAAUGUUAAUCAAUAGGUAUAUAAGGCAAGACUCUAGAAUCAAAAAUUGAAUCUUAAUCAAACACAGAAUUUGAGCUUUAAACUGCCUGAGAAGAGAAGAAUUGAGAAAUUCUCUAGUUAAAACACAGUAGAGAAAAAGAGAAAUAAAUCAAGUGACAAGGCGAAUACUGCUUUGAAUAAACCCUUUCAGCAACUACUACCAGACGAUUAUCAAAUUGAAGAUCAAUUCUUGCUCAUCCAAUAACAAUAACUUCAGCAUUAGUAGCAAAUAGAUAUCAAUAAAAGAUACUUGAAACAAUUUAUUGAGUAAAAAUAAAAGAGGACUGGGAUGGAUCAUUCCGUAGAUGAAAGCAAGCUAGACUAGGUGUAGAUACCUGAUAUACAUUAAAUACUUGAGAAGUAUCAAACAUAGAUGAAAAGCUAACAUAUGAUUAAUGAGUAAAAGAUAGGCAAGUUAAAGAUACAGACUAAGCUAAAUAGUAAUAAGCCUGAACAAGCCUCUUAGUACAGUCAUAACUUCGAUAACAUGAAUGCUAGUCAAAGAUCUCCAACAGAAAAAAGAACCCUUGAAAAGGGUCUGCAGCCAUUGAAUUCUAUCAAACUUGAUAAGCUAGAUAUUAAGCCCUAGCAGUAACAGUUUUUGUAAGGUCAGGGAUAGUAGCUCACACCAAGUAAGCUGCAUUCACCUCCUUCACAACUCGAGAAUAACUUCUUGCUUUCCCCUAAUGUCAAAAGUGGUCGAAACUCCAAGCUCUCUAAGAUAUAAAGGUUCAAUGAAAGAGAGCAAUCCAUUCAGUCUAAUAACUAGGAUGGGAAUCAAGUAGAUGAAAUGAGCUAGAUAAACACUGAAUCGAACUUGGAGGAUAUGGCUCUGAUGUUAAUGAGUGUAAGUGAUGAGCAUUUUAUUAACAAAAACAGUGAGGAGACAGAGAGUGCCAGCAGUCAGCCUAACUUGCAAAGAGUCACUAAAAAGGAAAUGCUGAAACUGCUUAAUCGAGUAAUGGACCGAAAUAAGCCUUUGUUCUUAUUCAAUAGCAAGCAUAGCACUAAAGACACUAUGGGUGAAACUGGAACACCUUCGUUUAGUAUGAUAGCUUUGAUCGAAAAGAAUUGA